UCCACCAUUUCAUAUAUAUAGAUAUAUAUAUAAAUAUGUGUGUGUGCACAUAAAUUCGAUACUAAUUAUAUUGAAACAAUAAAAGUUAUCUAGUCAUCAAUCAGUGAUAUUAAAAAAGAAUUUAUAAUGAGAUUCAAUUUGAUUCGUCAAUUUUAUAAAAAAUGUAAUGCCAUUGGUAUUUAUGAUAGAAGGUUACAUGUACGGUCAUCGACAGUAUUAUAUCGUAGUGACAUUUUAGAACAUUCGAUUAAUUCGAAUAAAACAUUUUUUGCUGCAAAACAAAUACUCAAUUUCUCAAAUACAUUUCAUGUAAAAGGAGAAGCUAAAAUUAUGUCUGGAGAAGGACAAAUUAAAUCUUUUACUGUUGAUUACAAUGAUAUUCUGCAAGCACAAAAAGAUGAGAAUGUCUUGAUUAUUGAUGUUAGAGAACCAUCUGAAAUUGAUGAAACGGGAAAAUUACCAGGAAGCAUUCAUAUUCCAAUGGGGGAUGUUACAAGUACUUUAACAAAUCUUUCUGAAGAAGAUUUUGUAAAAAAAUUCAACAGAUCAAAGCCACAUAAUGACACAAAAAUUAUAUUGAGCUGUAGAUCUGGUAAAAGAAGUGGUAUGGUUCAAGAAGAAUUACAAAAGAUGGGAUAUGAAAGUGUAUACAAUUAUAUGGGUGGUUGGCUUAAUUGGGAAAGUAAUCAGAAUUAAAGUGAUAGUACAAUUGAGCAUAAUAUUGUUAUUAUUAAAAAUAAUAUGAUUUUUGACUAAUAAUAUAUGAUGCAUACAAUAAAAAGGACUUUACAAAUGAAUAAAAAAUUAUUAAUUUCCUAAAGUAGUAAUUGAAUAUACACAUAGUAUAGUACAAAGAAUUUACAUUGUACAGAUAAAUACACACUGUUAAUGUAUUAUCAAAUAUUUAAAUAAUACUAUUUACAAAAAUCAUUAUAUAAUACAUGAAUAUUGUUUAGCAUAAGUUGUAUAAUACAAGUUUAGCACAAGUGAUAAUAAUAGUUUUAUCUGUAAUGUUUAAAAAUAGUAAAAAAUUACUUAUUUUUUUUGUUCUUGUGCAAGCUUUUGAUUAACCAUUUCUUUGAAUUGUCGUAAUAUAAGGUUCUCUCUUUUCUGUCUUUCUUCUUUGCUAAACAUUGCCAAUGCUCUUUUUUCAUCAGCAGAAUAGAUUUGAUUUUCUUUACGAAUACGGACUGCCUCCAUACGUCGAUGUCUGUAAUAAAAAAGAUAUAUUUUUUAAAAUUAAUUUUCUUUAAAUAACUAAAUAUUUAAUCAAAAUAAAGUUUUGAAUAAAAAAAUUUGGGAACAGUAUAUUACCUGCUACCACUCAUGACAUAGCCGACAGAUUCAUAUGACGCAAUCUCUUCAGAAGUAAGACCAAUCUCACCUCUCCUAGGUAUACGUUUACCUUCUGCGACAUAUGCUGCCAUUGCAGCACCUUCUCCGGGUAAUAAAGCUUUUCCAAAAUCUUUUGCAGACAAAGCAACAUGUUGUUGUUUUGGUUUCAUUGGUCCAACUAAACCUUCAUUUCCACUUUCAUCAGAACUAGAUCCUUUCUUAAUUUCUGCUUUACUGUUUUCUAUUGUCUUUUCUACCCAUUCUAAACUUUCUUCAGAAUCACUAGCAGAACUGCUAUCUGAGACUUUCCUUCUUUUCUUACGUUUAUGUUUCUUUUCUU